ACAUAUUCAUCUGUCUCCCUCCUGUGCCUCUCCCCUCUUCCUUCUCUCUUCCCCGCUUCAUUCUUUCUCUACCGUCCUCCCAGGGCUUAUUCUUAGCCAGUCCUGCGGUUUUGUACCCAAAUCAGUAGUCGAGAUAUUGUCUUUACAUCUGCAAAAUGAGUUCCAGCAAGGAUUCAGCGUCCGGCGUCCCCGCCCACAGCAAAGGUUCCUGGACAAGUUUCCUUAAGUCUAUCGCCUCCUUCAACGGAGAUCUUUCUUCCCUGACCGCCCCGCCCUUUAUUCUCUCGUCCACCUCCUUGACUGAAUAUUCUGCCUACUGGGCCGAACACCCAGGCCUUUUUGUGGCUGCCGCAAAAGAAGCGGAUCCAGAGAAGAGAGCUCUGGCCGUCUUGAAGUGGUUCCUCAGCACUCUUCACCAGCAAUACUGCAGUCGCAGUGAGAAGCUCGGUAGCGAAAAGAAGCCCUUGAACCCUUUCCUGGGAGAGUUGUUCCUUGGCAAAUGGGAUGCCGAUGCGGAUGUGGGCGAGACCACCUUGGUCAGUGAGCAAGUCAGCCACCAUCCCCCUGCUACUGCUUAUGCUAUCCGAAACGAGAAGCACGGCGUCGAGCUCCAAGGAUACAAUGCCCAGAAGGCAUCCUUCUCCAGCACCAUUCAAAUCAAACAGAUCGGACAUGCCCUGUUGACCCUCACUCCUCCGGGUGCGGAUAAGAACGAUCCUUCUCAGCAGGAGCGGUACCUGAUCACCCUCCCGCACUUGCACAUUGAAUCCCUUAUCUACGGAACGCCGUUUGUCGAAUUGGAGAAGUCCACUCGCAUUGCCAGCAGCACUGGCUACGUGGCGAAGAUUGACUACUCUGGCAAGGGCUGGCUGAGUGGCAAGAAGAACACCUUCAGCGCCAUCCUUUUCAAGGAAAACGAGGGCGAGAAGAAGCCUCUGUACACUGUUGACGGACAAUGGUCGGAUUCCUUCGUCAUCAAAGACUCCCGCAAGCAUGAGGUGGAUAGAUUCUCCGUCAAGGACACGAAGACCACCCCGUUGACUCUGGCGCCCGUCGACCAGCAAGACCUCUAUGAGAGCCGGCGGGCAUGGCGCGACGUUGCGGCAGGCAUCGAGCGGGGCGAUAUGGAUGCCGUGUCCGUGGCCAAGUCGAAGAUCGAGAACGCCCAGCGCGAGCUUCGCAAGGUCGAGAAGUCGGAAGGCCGCGAGUGGGACCGACGCUUCUUCAAGCGUGUCAACGACACCGACGAUGAGGAAUUCUGGCGACUUGCGAGAAUGAUCGGCGUUACGUCCUUGGAGAGCGACAAGACCGGCGGUGUCUGGCGGUUCGACCCUACCAGCGCUGCGGACGCCAAGCCCCCUUACCACAAGACCGGCGGCGAGGGUCUGGGAAUCACUGCAUGAAAUGGGUCGACGGUCGGCAGAUAUACACGUUGCGUUUAAUCAACCUCUUUUAUAGUCCGGGUGGACGAGUGAUCUGGCGAACAUGGCAUGAACAAGUGCCACUAUAGAGUACGUUUGCUUUCAUAACAGGAUCUAUUAUUUGGCUUUGGUGGAGAUGUUUCGGCACCUGUAUAUAGAACAGUAACGACGGCUGGAUAAUCAG